UUCGCGGGUAAACUUAAUACGCUGGCACUGGCACCGACUCCAAAAAACAAUAGGAUGGUCCCCUACCGGGGUUCCCACUUCCCUAUUAACGCAGUAAACGCCAUGGGGAGUCACCGACGAUCGACGGCGGAGGACUUGCCUUUAACAGAUUGUUUAAAGGCUUCAUUGAGUAUAUCUUCUGACCCGUCGGCCACAUACCAUCUGUCGGCGGAGCAGCUUCAAUUCUACAACGACAAUGGCUACCUGGUCAUCAAGAAACUCAUUGGAAUUCCAGCUCUAAAUAGUUACAGACAACGUUUCACGGAUGUAUGUGAAGGUCGUGUGGAGAAAGGUCGUGUCACCGUCAUGAAGGAUCGAGCUCUGUGCAAGAACCAGACCAAACCUGAGGAUUUCAUCAAUAAGAUCCAGGAGUUACUCUACGACGAGGUAUACAGCACGUACUCCGAGGACCCUCGCCUGCUGCACAUAGUGUCGCAGCUGAUAGGAGAGGACAUCACCGCCGUCAACUCCAUGCUUAUUAACAAACCGCCUGGGACUCGCAAACAUCCACCACAUCAGGACCUGUUAUACUUCCCGUUCCGUCCAGCAGACAAGAUAGUAGCGACGUGGACUGCCAUCGACCCAGUGACCAGAGACAACGGCUGCCUCUAUAUGGUGCCCGGCUCACACAAACAAAAUGUCUUGCAUGAACAUAAAGAUCAAGUUGACGAAGCCAAGCUAUUUUAUUACACCAUCGUGGAGGACAAGCUAUUAGCACCAGAGCACAAACGAGUCUACCUCGAUAUGGAGCCAGGAGACACUGCCUUCUUCGUCUCUACCAUCGUGCAUGGGUCCAGGCCUAAUGUCUCUAAUUCAUACCGCAAGGCGAUGACCUGUCACUACGCGAGCAGUAAGUGUCACUAUAUAGACGUGGCCGGCACUCCGCAACAAGGUAUCGCAGCACACAUGGAGGCAGAGCUCAAGAGGCGAGGCGGAGACCUUAGCUAUGUUGACCUCAUGCGAAUUCGAACGAAGCAAGUGAGAGGCGUUAGAUGCAACCUUUGAACGACUCUUAUAAAUGUAUUUUUAUAUUAUUUUUAAUUAACUGUAUAACAGUACAAGGACAGUAUUCUACGGGGAUGACAU